AUGGCGCUCACCAAGAAGGCGAUCGAGUGGCGAGCGUCUGCGCAUCCGACGACCUCAUUUAUAAAGCGGCCCGACCAUCCGCCCCGAGAUGGACGCGGUCCACCUCACCGCAAUUCCCGUCACCAGCAACGUAACGGCCGCUCUCCCCCCCCCCGCCUGCGCCCAGGUCUAGCCUGCCUGCCCUUCAGCAUCGCGUCAACCGAUCAGGCUCAAGCUACGGCCCUAAUGGCGGCGCACAUGCAGCAGAAGAGCGCAGCAACCGCUCCGGCGCCCGACGGCCUCGGCAGGCCGCCUUCUUACAGCACCUCCCAGGCGCGAGACCGCUUCAUCGUCACCAACCCGGACUUUGACUCGAUUGCAGAGCAGGAAGGUGGAGACAGAGGCGCUCGGGCCCACAGUCCAGACAGGUCGGAUCAAGCGCCAAAAGGCGUGCAGAUGCUCGCGAACGGUACCGCUGAGAGCCCGAAACCAGCAGAAGAGACGGCGCAGCCGCGUGGGCAGGGUGGCGAUCGCCUGGAAUCUCCGCCCUUGACGCUGCGAGGCUCCAGCCCUUCAGACCGUACCGACAGCUCUCUGCUUCAGCUUCUGACGGAGAAAAGCACCACUGGCGAGGCCAGCUCCGCCGCCCCCUCUGCCGCCCUUGUUCCCUGCCUCUUCGGCUUCCCUAUGCCCCUUGGCUCACGCGUCAUGGAGCUCUCCGACAAUCUCCCUGCCAGCGUCGAGUCUGUCCGCAACCAAGACUCUACAGCCAUGUCUGCAGAGCCGUCCGACUCUUCCGGCAACGUACCGACCUCCAUCCAGCCCACCGUCCAGCCCGACUCGAUUGAUUCAGGUCGCGACCAGGUCGAUGCCACUGUCACGCCCCUCGCCGCUCUGAACGCGUGGCGACUGUCCAUCCGAGAGACCGCCGACUUUGCGCACGCGGCGGCCGAGCGCAUCUCGUCCGUCAAGAAGGACCUCGCGCAGCAGCCGGCGGCCAGCUCUUCUACGGAACAGGCCCCUGCGACGAACGGUCAGGCGCUGCACAUAAACGCCCAUGCCGAACCCAACAACGGAGAUGGCGAGGUCCGUCGCCAGGCGCCUGCUUCGAAGGACGGCCAAGCCGCGCAGGACGCAACGCCUGCCGUGAGCCAGAUCUUCGACGCUGUCACUGCAGCACGCCAGCCAGUAGCCACGCCUUCCCCUGAGUCGGACGCGCUGGCCAGCAGCCGCGAGACCAUCGAGGGUUUGAUCGGCGAGUACUUUGCUCCUCAGAACCUGACAGAUGCCGAUGUCCCGCCUUUGAUCGUCGAGCCUCGCUCGCCGACAUCCCCUACUCCGGCCGAGCGAGGAGCGGCGCCGGACGGAUCUUCAGACAUGAGGAGGCGUGGUACCUUUGGUCAGCUCGACGGCAUCCCUGUCGCGCGCGCUGGUGCAGAGCAGCAUGCCAGCAACGGAUCGCGCGUUGACAAAACGAAGUCAGCUGGCCCGCUCUCGACCAGCCCGACGCAGGCGGUGGGGGGAAACGGCGCCAUCUUUAAUCGCCACCUCAGCCCUUCUUCACUCAGCAGCGCUCAUUCGGCGUCGCCCACGGGCGAUCGAGGCCAGAGCCCGGAUCAGAAGCGCCGCCUCCCCUCGUCCACCGCCGUCAGCCCCUUCAGCAUGUCGAUGCACAGCAGUACUUCGGACGAGACCGAAUUCCUCUCCGACGACCUCUUCCGCGAUCCCUCGUCUGUGCACGAGGACCAGGCAUACGUCCUUGCAUCGGACAAGGCGCUAGAGGUGCCCGCCAAAGUCGUCAAGCAGCUCCUCCGAGCCACCGUCGGCAACACGCAAGCUUCCGUGAAGAGCACUGCCGAUAAUGAGCCGCUUCGGAUGCUGCAUCGCGAGCUGGCCAAGUUGAGGAUCUCGACCCUGCUGAACGUCAUCGAUAAAAGCACCUCCGAAGUGGUCGUCGACCUCAUCGGCUCGCAGAUCCUCGCCUACCUGUACUUCAUCGAAGAUUCCAAGCUGCUGGCAUGGACCACGAAGACCGUCUACCAGCGCCAGAACGCUCCUGCCAAGCAGUGGGCUCAGCUCUGCAACACCCUGAAGGAGUUCCAGCCGCUCAAGCCUCCUCAGUCGAACUUCUCGACGUACCUCGCCGCUCCGACGAGGAUCGCCAUCCUCCGCCAUCUGGGGUUCCCGGACCACGUCCCUGUCGCCAGUUCCAGCACGAGCGCCUCUUCCGAUCCCGCCCCCAACACGCCUCCGGCCUCUCCCUGGCACAAGCCUCUGCACAUCUUCAGCCGCAAGCCGCACGGCGAGCAUCAUCAGAGCAGGGACAGCUUCGUCCCACCCCGACUCCCCGGCCACUAUCAGCUUCAUGACGAGGCCCAAAGCUUCGCCGAGCCUUCAGCGCCGCAGGAAGAGGGCGCUAUCUCGGGCAUGGGCGCCCAGGAGGCAGCCGACUUCAUCGCCGCCCACCUCAAGCGUCGCGCGGUGGACUGCCUCUCGCUCGACGUGCUCAUCGCCAUCAGCAACCUCUGCGUCCACCGCGUCUUUGCGCCCGUCCUGCUGCGCAGGCUGCUGGCUUUCUUCGCCCUCGGCGACACCGAGAACGGCUUUGUUCCCGUCGAGGCAGAGGUCAAGCUGCUCCGCGACUAUCGAGAGUUCUACCUCCGUCCCCAGUCCGCCCUGCUACGCGCUCGUAUCAAGGAGUUCAACGUCGAGCUCGAGGUUGAGGCCAUGCUGCGCACCUUUGAAGCCGCCAGCGACAAGGGCGCGCGCCCCUCGUCCGCCGAAUCCAACCCCCAGCAGGCUCUGGCAGCCAGCGAGGCCAAAGAACGACCUGCGAUGACGGCGGGCACCACUGAGCCCUCGCACGACGAGUGGGGUAGCGAGAGGCAGGAGACCACCGCUCAAGGCACCGCGAUGCUGUCGUCGUCGUCGUCUGCCACCACGCCGCUGUGGCCGCAUGGCGGUGUUGACCAGGCGCCCCCCGCGUCGAGGCCCGGCGACGAGAAGCAAGCGCCCUACAUCAGCAGGAACGAGACGAUCUCGGUGUCGGGCGGCCUGGGCAAGAGGCUCCUGAGCCGCAUGGGCCACGCCCGCUCGCGCAGCACCAGCACCGGCACGGGCACCACCAAGACCAUUUCUUCGGGCACCUUCAGGAGGAAGAAGAAGCACGCGGCCGACCCGUUCGAUGGCGCGCACAUCGACGCGUCGUCGUCGUCGACCACCAGCGGAGCCGACAAGUCCAAGCACCGCCUGCGCCGCAAGCCCACGUCCAUCGACUCGCUCGAGGAGCCCAGGCACCAGGAGCCCGUCCCGCCCCUUCCCAGCGCCGGCGCCAGCAAGACGAGCGUCGCUUCCUCGGUCAACAUGGUGGCAGCCAUCGAUGAGCUCGUCAAGAUCCGCCAGCAGGCCGUCUCGGCCCGGGCCGCCUGA